AUGCGCCGAUCACAUGCACUAAUUUUUCUCGCCGCAGCUGGCUGCUUCCACGCAACUCCCACGCGUCUGCGGCAGCAUCAGCCUGGCGGGGGAGGUCUCUCCAAUAUCGACGACUUUGCCAAGAUUCUCUCUCAGGCCAAAGCCAACUCACCUGGCAAUGGCUCUUCCUCAGACUUUUUUAAUGGUCGCUUUGAGGGCGGGAGUGCCACCAUGGAUCCCUCCAUGCUGCAGAAUAUGCAUCGCACCUUGAACCAGUCACUGACGCCGGAAAUGCAGGAUUCGAUGCGUGCCAUGAUGGAAGGCCUGAAGCGCGGCGACGGGAUUCCACAGAUGGGGGUGAUGGCAUUUGGUGUGGGCGAAAAUGAGAGGGGAAAAAAGGUUGCCCGCGGUGCCAAGUUAACCUUUGACCCAAACACGGGGAGGGUGUCAAAGGACUUUGUGGAGAGUCAGCUGGAGGAGGAUGACCCGAUGCUGCCCAAAGAGACGGUCGGGGACUACCACACGGAGGGAGCCAUUGAGGUGGAGUUUGAGGAGGACUCGCGAAGGCGCGUGCCCACCGCCGCGAAGCCAAUAUCUGAAGCUGACGUGGUCCUGGAGGGGCCUUCGGCGUCGUCAAGAAGAAGUGGCAGCAACACAAGAAAGUGA